AUGCUUCCCUUCAGAUGUGCUUCGCGGCUUUGUUCACGAUCAUCUUCUUUGGCUUUGAGGAGGUCCCCUCAUAGUCUAUAUAAGCUACAUGACAUAGCAUCGUCCUUGGCCUUUUUCGGCCACAACCGGCCACUAUGGAACCAAGAACAACGGAAACAGCACAUGGAUGAGCUUUCCAAAAAUACAGACUUCUUGCAUACCCAAAAUAUACUCUUGCAGAAGAAUCAGCAACGACUCAGCAAGCAGAAGAUUUUGUCGGAGGCCACAAAUUUUUACGAGCGCUUCAAGAUUAAAACCAAAUGGGUUUUGAUUCGGGGCAACCGCCCCUUUAGCACGGAUGAGAUAAGCACGCUCUUUUCGUGGCUUGUUAUAUCUCAGAUAGUUUGGGUCGUUUUGGGAACCACGACUUUUGUGUCUCUGGUGCUGUUUACGUUUAACACAGUCUUUGCCAAAGAAAUGGUGGGACAGAUGGUGGGCAAAAUGAUCAACGAAUACAUCGAGGGCGUUGACGUUUGCUUCCAAGACGCCCUGGUGCCCGAAUGGAAACGCGGGUGUAUCAGUUUCAAGCAAGUGGAAAUCAAGAGCACGCCCAACCCAGCUACGAGUUCCAGCGAUGAACCCGACUUCAGUUUUGUGCUAAAUUUUAACCAAAUUGACAUCACACUUUCGUUUAGGAAGUGGUUUCGCGGCGAAGGGCUAAUCAGCGAUCUUUCUGUUUACGGCAUGAAAGGCGAUGUGACGGUGGGUGACGAUCCGCGCCAUAAAAAACUAGUCUCUUGGUUUUCAAACCAAAAAUAUCAUUUACAAAGAGUCAAGGUUCGCGAUUCUCGCAUAAACGUUCUGGACAAAGGGAUCAACCAGCAAUAUCGCGUUUCCAUUUACAACAUGGAUUUACCCCAGUUUAGACUGAGAUGGGCUUUGAUAGAUUUUUUCAACGCCAACGUUGUGACUGGUGCUGUCAACCAUUCAUUAUUUAGCAUCCACAAGAGACAGCACAAACUAGCGUAUUUACAGGAUUUCGAACAUGACCUUUCCCCUUGGAAACGCAUCACCAGGCUAAGGUUGGACGAGAUUUGCAUAAAAGACUUGGGACUAGACAAGAGCAAUGCUUUCAACUGGAUGGAAGAUGGUCAAGUGGAUAUUAUUGCGGACUUGAUGCUGCCUGAAAUUCCAGAAGAGCAAGGUCUCCAAUGCGACGAAGAAAACAAGUACAUUGUGAUGGAUCUUAAAUUCAAGUUCAAGGACUUGACCGCACGUUACCCUUCAGAAGAGCCUCGUUUGGCGAACGGGGAUACCAUAGCAACUCUGGAAGAGCUGAGACCAAUAAUAGCCUUUAUCAACACUCAGAGGGGCCUUUUUCAUUCCUUUAUGAACAUUCAAAAUUCCAACUCUGCUUGGGAUAGCAUGUCAAACAUCUCAAUUAAGAAAAGCAGGUCCUAUCCUGACACAACGGUUAUCCCAACGACCGCAAAAUGGCCUGAGUAUGAAGAUUCCGAACGUCCAAGCCAGGAGAUUAUAAAAUACCAUGAUCAACCUAAACACAAUAAUAAUGAAAUACUACUAAGGUCCAGAAUAGUCAAGAACAUUGAUGAGCUACAGGGCCUUGCUCUCUUCAAAGAAACUGGUUUUUACGAUACUCUGAGUACGGAAAUCCAUGUGGACCUCAUGAGGAUGGUUGAAGAAUGGGAGCACAAAAAGAAAAGCGACUGGGUCAAAGUCUGGGGCACCACGGUAGCCUCUCAGUUAAUAAUUUUAGGUCUUGGCGCCAUGGUGUGA